UUGGUUGGUACUAAGGCUGUUAAGUACGAAGGCGCGAAGCCUCUAACAAUUUUAUAAAAUAAGAUAAGUUUAUUUUGGCGAAAUAAUACUUCAAGCGGUGUCCAACCUAACACUCCCAAGACAUUUUCAGUAGUCGUUAAAUGCAAUGCACCGGUAACAAGUAAUGCUGCUCUAUAUUGUAAUCAGGUUAAGCAUCCAUGAUUUUAGUUCACACGAUGGGGAAGAACCGUGGUUCUAGACUCAAAAACCUCCUUUUCUGGAACCUUCGUAAGUCAAAACUAGCACAUUCAUGAAAGAUCAGACAAAUGUAACAACUUUAGGGUUUAUAAAGUAAACAUCGGGUUACAAUAUCGCUAAAUUGAAAUUGAGACUGUAUCUGAUCAAAGGAAAAUGAUUUUCCAGAAAUCUCUUGAAAACUCUCUCCAGAACUUGUUAAGCAUUCUAAUUCUCAGCUAGAUAGAUGCUUCCAAUCAUCCUCGUUCUAGUGGUAAAAACGUGAACUAGAUAGCUAUCAGCAUUCCCGAGUUAUUCAACAAACAAUCGAAUGCAUUCUAUUUUGAAAUCGACAGUAGUUAAAUUACUGUAUUGAACUUAAAUUUUUAUUCUAGUUAUGAUGUCCGCCUAUUUGAAUAAACAUUUUACUAAUGGAUCCCAUAUGAAUUGUUUUCUAUUUGUUCCGGAUAUGUGUAUUUAAUUUAUAUUCAAGAUUCGUGUUUUUUCAAACAUAAUAAAAAUAUAGUGUUUAUAUCGUUGCCUAUUAAAAAUGUGUUAGUCUUUCUCAUGAGAACAUAUUAUUAGUAUUCUGUUUUUCUUAUCGUUCUUUCAGAAAGAAAAAAACUCUCUCUAUUCUUCAUCUAUUCUAUUGUGUAUCUAAUACUAAUGCAGUCGAAUGUCACAGCGGCUUAUGUGAUUCGUUCAUAUCAUCUGAUUAUUUUACCAUUAACCACCAUUCUAGGAACAGUAUCGUCAAUUAUUUGUUUUGCUCAUUUUUUUCGACAAACUUCUUCGCAACAAUGUUUCAACUAUAUAUUUUAUUUUACUUUAAUUUAUUGUUUAAUGGCCGGACUCUAUGGUACACCGUCGUUUUUCCUUGGGUAUUCGCCGUCUCUUUAUUUAUACGGAAAAUCACAAAUAUUUUGUAAAAUAUAUUUAAUUUCUGUUUGGUCUUGUGGUUCAGGCAUGGCACAUAGUCUCGCUUGGGCCAGUGUUGAAAGACAUUUUAUAUUGUUUCAAAAACCUUCUAAAAAAAGUUUAAAACGUCAAUUGUUAAAAUUCUUAUUAUCUUAUCUAACAAAUAUAAUGCUCACAAGUGUAUUUAUAGUACUACCACAAUGUUCGUAUAUUCCAUGUAUCGCUUGUUUUAAUUAUCAUCCAAAACUUGUUAUUCUAUGGUGUUGUUAUUCGUUUUUUAUUCCAUUUGCAAUAAUGAUUAUGGCUACAUUUAUACUUAUUUAUCGCCUCUAUUCAAAACAAAAUAGUCUACAUAUACGCCAAUGGAAGCCAUUAAAAAAUUUAACAAUUCAAAUUAUCAUCUACGUUUUAUGGUUUUGUAUUACUUACUGUCCAAGUCCAUUAUAUCGUGUUCUAAAAACCUUUGAUCCUAAACGAUAUAAAUCUUCAUUUAUGAGCAAUAUUCUUGUUCUCUUUACGUAUGCAGGUAUUCAAACAUAUCCAAUUCUCACACACAUUUUACUGAAAUCAAAACAUAGACCACGUAAAAGAACGACAUUUACAAAUGAAUUACCAAUACUAAUUGAAAAACUUAGUGGGCUUGGUGUAUUCUCAUUGACAACACACAAAUUUUGUACAGUGGUUCACUCUCAUGCUGCACCUCUCCCCCAUCCCGACCGCGACACUAUAUUAUAUAUUGUCAAUGACAAUACACCAAGCCCAGCAAGCCUAGCACAUUUUAUAGAAAUUUAUAUAUUUGCGUAUUCUGGUAUAUUCUCGUGUAUUGUCAAUGAGAAUACACUAAGCCCAACAAACCCAUUCGAGAAUAUGUUCAGUAAUCCUUAUCAAGGCUAUUGGAAACAGAGCCAUCAGCAGUGGCCAUCAACAGAUCCGAUCGUGUCGCUCUAUUGUUCUGUUGCAAGCAAUUAUUUGGAAAAAGGAAAUUUAGGGUUGUCUUUGGAAUAUGCUCAUUCUAUAACUGAACUACGUCACCAAUGGAAGCAAGAUAAUACAGGUGUAAAUGAUGAAUAUAUUCCGAUGCUUGAUUUUGUUUACUACGGUGUCUAUUCAAAAAAGUUUAUUUGA